GGGAGGAGGUGGCGGCGGCGGAGGUACCCCUGGCGGGAGGAGGUACCCCUGGCGGGAGGAGGAGCCGCCGCUGCCGUCGCCGCCGAGAGCUUCUGGCUCUGCCGCUGCUCUGCCGGGACGGGAGGGGUGGCUGCGCCGCGCCCCGCGAUGCCGCUCUUCGCCACCAACCCCUUUGACCAGGAUGUGGAGAAAGCAACCAGUGAGAUGAACACUGCAGAGGACUGGGGUCUGAUCUUAGACAUCUGUGAUAAAGUUGGACAGUCACGCACAGGGCCUAAGGACUGUCUCCGUUCUAUUAUGAAGAGAGUAAACCAUAAAGAUCCUCAUGUUGCUAUGCAAGCAUUAACACUUUUAGGAGCAUGUGUAUCGAACUGUGGUAAAAUCUUUCAUUUAGAAGUCUGCUCAAGAGAUUUUGCCAGUGAAGUAAGCAAUGUGUUGAAUAAGGGUCAUCCAAAAGUCUGUGAGAAGCUGAAGGCCCUUAUGGUGGAAUGGACUGAUGAAUUCAAGAAUGAUCCACAGCUUAGUUUAAUAUCUGCUAUGAUAAAAAAUCUUAAGGAGCAAGGAGUUACUUUCCCAGCUAUUGGUUCACAGGCUGCUGAACAGGCAAAAGCAAGUCCGGCACUGGUUGCCAAAGAUCCUGGUACAGUAGCCAACAAAAAGGAAGAGGAAGAUUUAGCUAAAGCUAUUGAACUGUCACUAAAAGAACAAAGGCAACAGCAAACAACACUUUCCAGUUUGUAUCCAAGCACCUCAAGCCUUUUAACAAAUCCCAAACAUGAGGGCCGAAAGGUUCGUGCAAUCUAUGAUUUUGAGGCUGCUGAAGACAACGAAUUAACUUUUAAAGCUGGAGAACUUAUAACUAUUCUUGAUGACAGUGAUCCAAAUUGGUGGAAAGGUGAAACUCAUCAGGGUAUAGGAUUGUUUCCAUCUAAUUUUGUAACAGCUGAUCUUUCUGCUGAGCCAGAAAUGAUGAAAGCUGAGAAGAAAACAGUGCAGUUCAGCGAUGAAGUUCAAGUAGAGACAAUAGAACCUGAGCCUGAACCAGUUUAUAUUGAUGAAGAUAAAAUGGAUCAACUCUUGCAGAUGUUACAAAGUGCAGAUCCAUCUGAUGACCAGCCAGAUCUCCCAGAAUUGCUUCAUCUCGAGGCAAUGUGCCACCAGAUGGGACCUCUCAUAGAUGAAAAGUUGGAAGAUAUAGACAGGAAGCAUUCAGAACUUUCAGAGCUCAAUGUUAAAGCAAUGGAGGCUCUUUCUUUGUAUAACAAACUGAUGAAUGAAGACCCAAUGUAUUCCAUGUAUGCAAAACUACAAAACCAACAGUACUAUAUGCAGUCAUCUGGUGUUUCUGGCUCUCAGGUUUAUCCAGGGCAACCUCAAAGUAACACAUAUUUGGUGGCAGGGAGUACACAGAUGGGCCAUGUUCAAGGCUAUAAUCUCCCUCCUGAACAACUCUCUUCUCUCAGCCAAGGCACAGUUACUCCAUCUGCCAGCUCAGUACUGCCUGGUCAGCCCACACAGACAUCAUACACAAAUGCAAUGGUUGGCUCUGUUGCUGGAAAUACUUACUCAAACCAGGCUGCAGUGUAUAGUCCACCACCUGCUACUGUUGAUGUUGCUGCUUAUCAGAAUGCUGGAACUAAUAUGUCCCAGGUGCCAAACUAUAACUUACCAUCCACACCUCUGCCACAGACAGCAGGCAGUCAGCAAGCACCUCCACAACAGCCACAGCCUCCGCCACCUCAACAACCACAACAUAGUUACUCACAGAAGGCUCUGCUAUAGGAUCCAGGACUUCUGAUUCCCGGUCUUCUUUAACCUCUGCUAAAGGCAGUUGGCAGUUCUAUGCGUUUCUUCCUUUAAUCUCUUAAACUUUGUUUAUCCUCAGCUUAACAAGAAUCUAUCUUGGUGAACAAGUUCAAUUUGCACUGACUUUUUAGGAUUUUUUUUUUUUAAUUUUGCAGAGGAACGUAUGUAUUUAGGACAUUUAAUUCCCUUUAAAAUGCCUAAAAAUUGGUACAAGAUUAUUUAUGUCUGGUAAAAUUGGCUAGUCUGUGAAAACUCAACACUUACAAACUGUUGUGGCAUAUACAUUAUGUACAUAUAGUGUGUGAUUGCAGUAGUGGCCAUUUCGUAUAGCUAUGGUGAUCAUGUGAAUAUAUUUAACACAAUGUUUAAAAAUAAUUUACUUUAUUUUGGUUUAAUCAUGAACUGACAACCAGGUUUAAUAGUUUUGUCUCAUUUUAUGGCAGAUGUGGUGUCUUUUUCCAGUGCAGGAAAAACAGUAAUUCUGCAUAUCAUGGCUACACUUACAAGCUAAGGUCUAUAUACAAACUUACAAACUUAACCUGAGUCUAGGAUUUAUUACUUCUUGAACUGAACACAAGUAUAUCAUGACUAUUAGAUUGCUUAUCUACCAAAGUAAACUAGUUAACUGGGAAGGGAUUUGAGGGGAUAACAGCAAAUUAUGAUUCUGCUUCAGAUAUAAUUAAUAAUUUAAACUACUGUUCAGAGGCUGCUAUACAUAUCAUGGGACCAUGCAACAGAUCAGGAUCUUGCAUUUUAUCAUGACAAGCAUGUAAUUUAUUUUUUCCAAGUUGUUUUUUUUACAAUGAGAACCACAACUGUAUUUUAUGUUUAUUGGUAGAGAUUACACCAAAGACAGAGGAGUAAGUUGGAGGAGAAAUGAUGGAGUAUUCAACUGGAACACACAUAAGUAACACUACUUUAUUCAAGUUUCUUAAUUAGAACAUGGAGAAUUAUGGACAUUUAAAUCACUUUGCUGAACAAGCCUUCAGGCUUUAUUUUAUAUCUUGUGGCCUUGCUUAGCUAUUUGUUCUGUUUACUGUUCUUACACAAACACUUUUGCCUUAAACAUCUGUUUCAGUUUCCAGUUGUACCAUUUGAGAUGACUAGCCCUUCUGAAGUGUGAAUAGCUUGUGAAGCAUCUUAUUUCCAUUGACUUUCAGGUUACUUUGAAUUCUCAUCUGCAGAAACAUGCAUUGGCCUUUAUAAACUUUUGGGUUUCUCAGUAACUUAGCCAGGUGGCUCUUUAAGGCAUGGUAUUUUCUUUCCACAGCUGAGGUGCUGUAAAAUAAGAUGGUGAGGAAAGGCAGCAUUUUUAGAUAUGCCUGAUAGAGUUUGUUGUACAAAGAGUGUUGUUAGUUUGCAUUCAUGUUCAUUCUGUUAAUGCAUCUUGGUGUCCGCUUUUCCAUCGACUCUGAUUCCAAUUGGAGCAAUACUAGAUGACUUCAACAUCAGAUCUGUGUUUUCAGUCUUGUUAGUGUCUGUGUCAGAAAGAGUUUGCUUUUGUGCACUAUAUUUUAAUGUGAUCCUUCUGGAAUUAAGUGUUGCAAUUGUACAUUAUACUGUAUGCUGACUUCAUCCCAUACACUGCUGUGUCUGUUCACAAUUACCUAACAUGCCUUUGUUUCACUGUUUAAUAGUCACUGGUGUUUUGCCUGUUAAUGCUUUCAGAUGACUGCUUUGCAUAAUUGAAAACUGGGGUGGUUACAAAAUAUGUCCAUAGCUGAUGUGUUCUAGUUUGAGGGUGUUCUAGCCAGCUGGCUGUUUUGAUACUAGUAUUUUCACAUUAUUUUUUUCUUUCUCCAGAAUUUUUAAGCACCCUCACAAACUGCCAUUAAAUCUUGGCAUCAUCACAAAUGUCUGUGAAAGUUUAAUGGACAUACCAAAAAAAAAAAAAAAAAGAAAAAGAAAUUAUCCAAGAUAUUGUCAUAGCUAAUUUUUAAUAGAUUAAAGGGGUGCUUUUCUUUAGAAAGGGCAUGUAAUAUUUCUACACACACAAAAAAGUCUUACUCCAUGGUUUUCCAGCCUGGAUUCAGGUAGGGGCUUGAAACAUCAAAAUAAUCCAGCUGACAUUGUCUGUUUGUAUUCUUAGGUUCCCACAUGUUAGGUCAUGUGUUCCCUAAGAAGGUCCUGUGGAGCUUCUGUACAGAAAUGACUCAGCAAAAAUGCUUUUUGUUACUUAUUUGUCUUGUUUCUAAAAUUUUUUAAGUCAUCUUUCCUUAACACACUGAAAUGUUCAUUCCUGAUUUCUUCUUUGAACACUGAAAACUUAUAUUUAUCUUCAGUUUUUCUACUUUCCAACUUACUUAUUUUGGUCAUUUAUCCAUCUUCAGGAAAACUACACGUCUUUCAUGUAUGUUCAUUGUGACCAAAACACCUUCUAAAAUGCAAUGCCACUGUAAGUUCAAGACAACAAAAGUUCUGAAAAAAAGAUGGACACUUUUUAUUUUCUUUCAUGCCUUUAUUAGAGUCACUGCACUAAGAUUUUCCUGUAACCAAUUGUGAAUUUUAGUUGACUUAGAAUCAGUUUUCAUUGUCCAUAGUCAGUGUGGUAGAUCACUAGAUUUUAAAGUUCAGAAUCUUAGUGUUCCUACUGCCUCCUACCUUUUCUGUUUCAGAUACAAUUAAAUUGAAUUUGGAGCUCUAUUACUUCAUGUUGAUUGUUCUCAUUUACCAGAAAAGAUUAUUUCAUCUUCUCCUUUGGUUGUGUCUCAUAUACUAGAUACUCUAAAGUAUACUAGUUACUCCUCCUGCCUUGCUAGAUGCUGUCAUUGCACUAAUACCUUCACUCAUCGUCUCGUGUCCUCCCUAGCUGAUAAUUUAGCAGUUAUAUUUCAGUUCAGUUCCUCUUAGCUGGUUUAAUAUCAUGAAUGUGGAGAUGCUAUUUCUGGGGCUUUUCUUUAUUCUGAGAUUCUUUGUUUAUGCAUUUUUUCCCAAGUUCACAGAUGUUCUGUCUUGCUGUGGUAUUGAACACUGAAUAUGGGCAAAAAGGGAAAAGUCCAUGUACAGCUACUGUAUGGAAAAGCUUUUUCACAGAUAAAGGAAGUGUCAGUAAGUUAACCUUGUUGCAAGUUAAGAAUCCCAGCAAAUUAUAAGUUAUUCAUGUUCCAAUAGAAGACCUGAUUUUGGAAAGUCUUUUCUCUUUACAUGUAAAUUGUCAAUGAAAGGCUAAUGUGUUUUAAUAAUAUUUUGUAUAAAUCUUUGUUAUUUAACCCUUUCACUGAGGAAUACAAAAAUGUUAAUAAUUGACUCCAUAAGGGGUAUUUUAGUGGCUUGUUUAUAAUGAACUGGAACAUACCCUGGAAAGUGCCUUCUGUGCAUUUUACUUCCUAAGCAAAGCUAGUUUACCCAUGUGUAUCAUCUCAAUUUAUGUGGCCAUAGUAAUGAUGUCAAGAUUUACUGUAAAGCAUCCCAGGAAGAAUACUGAGGCAGUGUGUUACGAUUUCCUACACUGCUGUCCUGGCAGUAUGUUCCAGAGUGUGCAGUUGCAGUAACAGUUGCAACAUGUUUACCCACCUCUUUUCUCUUUUUAGUAACUGGUACCCAGAAAGAUGUGUAUGUAAUGUCAUUGGGCAAAGAACAUACAUGGACAGCAGUAAAACAGCAGUAAAAAGGAACAAAAUAUAAGAAUUCCUUCAUGCUUCACAACAGGUGUGGUGGUGUGGUGCAGUAUAUUUCCCUCAAGGUACAGUUACUACUCCAGUUACAGUCAGUAACUACAGUUACUAACAGGUGGGAAGAACUGAAAUGAAUUUGAGCAACCAGAACUUCAGAGAAUUCUGCCAAAUUGGAGAUGCUUAGGUGUAACAAAGGAGGUAAAUUUAAUUUUAAUAACAUGUACAUAUUUCGAUGAUCAAGUCUAGGCUGCUAUUAUAGUUCUCUGAUUUCAUCUAGAUGGCAGGAACAUCAGAUUUACACUGGAGAACUGCUUAAUACCUCAUUCUCCUUUUUUUUUUUUUUUUUUUUUUUUUUAGUAUAUUCUCUAAUAUCACCUUAUUUGUCACUCGUAUUUCAAAUAUAUCUGUGUAGUCUUUACAUGUAAAGGUCUUAUUCCUUGUCUGCUGGGUUUCACAGACAGAAUGAAAAAGAACGUCUCUAAUUACAGCAGCUGCAACAGCACUUUGAAUUACAUAGCUGCAGCUUCCUUUGGAGAAGGAAUCCAUGUAUCUGUUUUGAAGAACAAGGGAGCAUAAUUUUUCCAGUUAGAAACUGGGAGGAGAGUUUUUGAAGAAAAGAUAAAGUUACAAAAACCUCCAUUGCUACAAAAACUUCCAUUGCUAAGAGCAGGCAGAAUCAUUUUUUACUCUGUUAUUCAAUUUCAGUAGAUCUGACCAACUCCAUACUACAGGUAUUCCUUUUUCAUUUUCAGCUGCAAUGAAGAAUAUUGACCUUCAUGUGUCAAUAUCCAACACCUUAGGAAAACAUAGGAAGGCCUUGACAUUUGAACUUUUUGCUUCAAUAUGUAAGAAAGACUAUGUACAUUUUUGAAGCCUUGUUUCUUAAAUUAGUGUUUAAAAACAUUCCAUUUGCUACUAUGUAAAAUUGCAGAUCUAAACUUCACUUUUCAUGCUGCUGCCUUGGCAAGAAGGUGGUAGAAUUUUUUCUGUUCUUCUAUCCUGCAUGUGCUUCUGGAAAUCCAAAUUAUUUUUGUCUUUGUCAUGAAAAAGAAAAGAGGCCUGCUGCAGUCUGCUUUGGUUUUAAUAAAGUGUACACAGUAGCAAAGUGCAUUUUUUGGUUUUGUUUGUUUUCAUGCUCCCUUUGAUGUUGGCAUAUGUAUAUAUUUAGAUAUACUGCACUGUUGUACAAGAAUUGUUUUAGUAAAUAACACUAUUUGUAAAAACUGUUGGUUUUGGUAUGGAUGCAAAAUAUUAAAGUUGGAGUAUUUAGUUCAUAAUGUUGCAAAGUCAAUUUAUAACAUUUGUGGAAGAAUUAUCAGAAAAGGAUUUUCUUUACUGGAAGGACUUGGAGAUGCAGUAUGCAAGGUCUGAUAGAAGUACUUAGCUCAAAUUUUCUGAUUUCAUGGUGGAUGGAGGUGGGGUUUUGGUUGUUUUGAGUUGUUUUGAGUUGUUAGGUUUUGUAUGAUGAUUACAUAUAGAUUCUGUUUUUACUUUUAAAGGUUUUUAUCUGUCAUUAACUUCAGGUAAAAUCCAACAAUACAUGGUACUCCUUAUAUCAAGUAUACUGAAUCUCCUGUUUCUUCUGGUAAGAAAUAGAACAUGAAUAAUUUAAUAGCGUGGUAAAGAACAAAUGAAAAAUACUGUAUCUGUACAACCUAAUGUGUCUAUUUGCUUACAGAUCAAUAAGCAGGUAUAACUGACAGUUACUAUGCACACUUAAUUCCAUUCCUGAUGACAGUAAUGCAAAGUAGUGUAAAACUUGGUUGUUUGAUCUAUAUGAAAUGAGUUGAAGAUCCAG